UGGGUGUUCCAGUUAUCAAAGAAAACUGCAUCCUCCUUCUCCAAGCAUGAACAACACAUAUCUCCAGUAUAUAACUGUGUCCUGGCAAGGAGCCUAGGACUGGUCUUCUGGACAGUGAUGCUUAGCUCAAAUGCAAAGAAGGCCAGAAUCAAUCCUAUGUUUCUCAGGGAUAAGACUGUGCUGGCCAGGGGGGAUAGGUAGUCACUGUUCUGUCUCCUUGUAGGAAGGUAUGUCUUCUCUUCCUGCUACUCAUUGGUGCCUGGAACUGUGUGAUCUGUCAUGGAAACCCUGUUGAUGACAUCUGCAUAGCAAAGCCCCGGGACAUCCCUGUGAAUCCCAUGUGCAUUUACCGCUCUCCAACCAAGAAGGCCACUGACGAAGAUGGCCUAGAGAAGAAGGUCCCGGAGGCCACCAACCGUAGGGUCUGGGAACUGUCCAAGGCCAAUUCUCAAUUUGCCACCACCUUCUAUCAGCACCUGGCAGACUCCAAGAAUGACAAUGACAACAUUUUCUUGUCACCCUUGAGUAUCUCCACAGCUUUUGCUAUGGCCAAGCUGGGUGCCUGUAAUGACACUCUCAAGCAGCUGAUGGAGGUUUUUAAAUUUGAUACCAUCUCGGAGAAAACAUCUGAUCAGAUCCACUUCUUCUUUGCCAAACUGAACUGCCGACUCUAUCGAAAAGCCAACAAGUCCUCCAACUUGGUAGCAGCCAACCGCCUUUUUGGAGACAAAUCCCUUACCUUCAAUGAGACCUAUCAGGACAUUAGUGAGGUUGUUUAUGGAGCCAAGCUCCAGCCCCUGGACUUCAAGGAAAAUGCAGAGCCAUCCAGAAUGACCAUCAACAACUGGGUAGCUAAUAAGACUGAAGGCCGCAUCAAAGACGUCAUCCCCCAAGGAGCCAUCAACGAGCUCACAGCCCUGGUGCUGGUUAACACCAUUUACUUCAAGGGCUUGUGGAAGUCAAAGUUUAGCCCCGAAAACACAAGGGAGGAGAAAUUCUACAAGGCUGAUGGGCAGUCAUGCUCAGUGUUUAUGAUGUACCAGGAAGGCAAAUUCAAAUACAAGCGUGUGGCUGAAGGCACCCAGGUGCUUGAGCUGCCCUUCAAGGGGGAUGACAUCACCAUGGUGCUCAUCCUGCCCAAGCCUGAGAAGAGCCUGGCCAAGGUGGAACGGGAACUCACCCCAGAGCUGCUGCAGGAGUGGCUGGAUGAGCUGACUGAGACGAUGCUUGUGGUCCAUAUGCCCCGUUUCCGCACUGAGGAUAGCUUCAGUUUGAAGGAGCAGCUGCAAGACAUGGGCCUUGUUGACCUGUUCAACCCUGAUAAGGCCCAACUCCCAGGGAUUGUUGCAGAAGGCAGGAAUGAUCUCUAUGUCUCUGAUGCGUUCCACAAAGCGUUUCUUGAGGUGAAUGAGGAAGGCAGUGAAGCAGCAGCGAGUACUGCUGUCGUGAUUGCUGGCCGUUCACUGAAUCCCAAUCGGGUGACCUUCAAGGCCAACAGGCCCUUCCUGGUACUUAUAAGGGAAGUUGCUCUGAACACUAUUAUAUUCAUGGGGAGAGUGGCUAAUCCUUGUAUGAACUAAAAGAGUCUUAAUCUUUGCACCUUUUCCUAUUUUGGUGUUUGUGAAUAGAAGUAAAAAUAAAUACAACUGCCACCUCACAAGAAUGGACUUUUCCACUUGAAAUGAAGACACUGAAGCACAGAUAAGAUGAUGUUGGGGCAACAACUUCUGGGCAAAUAAAGGGGAAGAGGCCAGCCAUGGAGGCACAUGCCUAUAUCCUAGCACUUUGGAGGACGAAGCAAAGGAUCAGGAGUUGAGGCCAGUUGAGGCUGUGCUGCAUAGUGAGAGACCCUGUCUCAAGAUGACUUCCUCUCCCCCAAAAGCAGAAAAGAAAACCAUAAAAAUAAAAGAGGUAAAUAUGUUACUAUUUCAUCUUGGAGGAUUGCAGGCACCUUGAAAGGGUGGAGGGACUUUAAAUUCUCAGUUUUCCUACCAUAAUACAAAAUCCCAAGAGUAUAAACGGAUUAGUUAAUCUCUACACAGAAAAGACAGAGAUUCAAAUAUGAGUAUUAAACCUUUUAUUUCUCAAACCACUCACAUGCAUAAUGUUCUUAUACACAGUGUCAAA